AUGAUAUUUAAUAGUGUAGAUGAGUUCAGAGAGGUUGUGUCCAAGUAUGCUAUGGUAAGGGGAGUAAAGCUAACCAUUAGACCUAAUGAGAGGAAAAGGGUCAGGGUGAAGUAUAAGGAAGGAUGCCCAUGGCUAUUAUUUGGUAGUUUAGAUAGAAAAUCAAACAAAUUCAUUAUCAAGACUUACAACUCUGUACAUAAGUGCUAUAAAAGCAAUAGGAAUAGGUUAUGUAAUUCAAAGUUUAUUGCUAGGCAUUUCAGGGAGAGGAUUUUGUCUCAACCUGAGAUAAAGAUUAGAGAAAUACAACAACUCUGUAGAGAGUCUUUGAAUAUGUUUGUGGGAAAAACAGUGUGUAGAAGAGCAAAGAAUAAGGUGAUUGCAAGUAUGAUAGGUGACUACAGAGUUGAAUAUGGUAGGCUACAUGACUAUGCAGAUGAAAUUAAGAGAUCCAAUCCUAGUACGACAUGUUUUGUUAAAGUAAAAAGGGAUGAAGAUUGCGUGCAACAGUUCAAAAGAUUUUAUGUUUGUUUUGAUGCUAUUAAGAAAGGAUAUAAGGCUGGGUGUAGACCGAUUUUGGGAUUCGAUGGAUGCUUUCUCAUGGGUCCAUGUAAGGGUCAACUUUUAUGUUGUGUAUCAAAGGACGAUAAUAAUCAAAUGUUUCCAGUAACGUGGGGGGCUGUGGAUAUAGAAAAUAAGAAAAACUGGAAGUGGUUUAUCUCUACAGUCAAGAUGGACCUUGGUAUGGAAACAGGUGCUAGCUGGACAAUGGUCAUAGAUAUGCAAAAGGGUUUGGAUUCUGCUAUUGUUGACGAGUUGCCUAAUGUAGAGCAUAGAAUGUGUGCUAGACACAUGGUUGAAUUGGGUUAA